AUGGCUUCCCCUCCCCACCGAAACACCCUGCCCGAAGGAGAUCGACCCGCGGAGCAGCUAGAAGGCUCUUCGAACGAUGCCAUCCAGGAGCAGGCCACCGACACCCCACAGACCAUGCAGCUGAAGAAACCCAUUCUCGACGUCAGCACUGUUGUCACCCGCAACACCCUGGAGGAGUUCGCUGAGCUCAUCUGGGGUCUUGAGCAAGUCAAUUUGGACAGUCUGAAUGAGAACGACAAUGCUCAGUCGGACGAUCACAUCGACGGGAUCUUUACCGAAAACGAUGCAAUGACUUGGGCAGGCCUCUUCACCGAUUCCCUUCUACACCGACGCGAUCCCGUCAUCUAUCCCCUUUCAUUCACGUGGGAAUUACAUCAAGCGGGCUUUCCUAUUUACAUGGUUCCUCGAACCUGGAAUGGUGGUGAUCGCAUCCUCCGCACCAAGGAUAUAGAAGAGGCUACCAUCUGUGUUCUGGCUAAAGUGGCGCCUCUGAUUCGAAAGCUGGAACUCGCUAAGCUUGAAGAGGUGGAUUGA